AUGUUCUCGUGUGUACCGUCACUUUUCCUCGCACUGGCUUGUGCGGCAACGGCCACGGCCACGACUAUUUCAAGCCAACCAACAGACCUCACCUGCGUCACGGAAGGCCUUUCGAACGAACUUGUCGCCUUCCACGAGGAGUCCUCUAGGUACGAGGCCAUUGCUCGCCGCAGAACCCGUCCUCCGAGGAUCAAGGUGGGUGUGUGGGUGCACGUCGUCGCGUCGUCGCCUGAUAGCUACGCCAACAUGAAUCUACCUAGGAUCGAUAAGCAGUUGGCCGUCCUUUCCAAGGAUUUCGCUCCCACUGGUUUCUCCUUUCACCUAAAGCAUGCGGAUUGGACAUUCAACGCCGCCUGGGCAAAGGGACGCGACAGACGAGAUAUGCAGCGAGCCCUCUACCAGGGAGACCACGAUAGCCUAAACGUAUAUUUCGUGGAGCAGACGGAUGCCAGCAACGAGCGUGUUCGUGGCCACUGCCCCCUACCCGGUCAUCUCAACGGAAACCGCGAUGGCGCCAUCGUCACGGCGAGCACGACUCCAAGGGCGGAUUUUAUCCCCAAAACCAUUCCUGGCCCGCGCAGGGCCUUGGUCGACCAGGCUCUCGGUCAUACCCUCACCCAUGAGGUUGGACACUGGCUGGGCCUGCUGCAUACGUUUGAAGGCAACAACUGCACGGGAAAGGGCGAUCAGAUUGACGACACUCCCGCUCAUCUCCAUCCCAAUGUUGGGUGCAAGGCAGUCCAGGACUCUUGUCCAGGCCAGGCCGGAAUGGACCCUACGCAUAAUUUCAUGAAUAUUUUAUGGGAGUCUGUCACCCUCGUAUGA